UCGUAGUGUAAAUCUCCGGAGCUCCGUGUCUGCAGCAGUGACCUGAAAGCCGUGGCUGAACUUCAGGAGCGUCUUCAGACUCCGGGGCUCAACUGAAGAGGCUCCGCAGUUGCUUGGAGACGCCGGGUUUGUUGACAGCGGCGCCAGGCUGUGCGCUGCAAAGCCAGCCAUGGCUUCCGAGGUGCAGGUGGAAAUUGUGGGUCUGAUGAAAGAGCCUAGUUUUCAGAUCGCCAAGUGCAUAGCAGAGGGUCUGAAGCAGAAGUUUCCCUCUUCGUUCUCCGAACCCGUGCUUCGUCCAUUACUGGAGUGUGCCUGGUAUGAAUAUUUAAAUAAUAAGAAAAAGCAACUUAAAGGGGAGGUGUGGCAGUUUUCGUCCAGUCUGAUGUGCUUCCUGAACGGCACGCUUCUCGGAGAUGAGAAAGAUCUGAAAAGCUGGGCAGAAGAACAAUGGGAUUUCAGCUUCGUCCGGCCGCGGGCUCUGUACCUCGCUCUGACAGAAGACUUCUAUUCCAAACACCUGAUUAACACGAAGCACACAUUUGUAUUCAUGGACAUUGCAAUCGAAGGAAACGCUGUAGGGAGGUUAUUAUUUGAGCUUUUUUCAGAUCUGUGUCCAAAGACUAGCAAGAAUUUUAAAGAGCUUUGUACAGGAGGGGCAGGUUUAUCUCCAAGAAAUGUUCAGUUAACUUACAAGGGAUCCAUAUUCCAUCGAGUGGUCUCCAAUGGCUGGAUUCAAGGUGGAGACAUUUCACCAGGUAGUAAAGGAAAUGGUGGACAGUCCAUUUAUGGGCCAACCUUUGAAGAUGAAAGCUUUGCGGUCUCUCACAGUAAAAGAGGGAUACUGGGGAUGGCCAACAAAGGACCCCACACAAACGGGUCUCAGUUCUUUAUUACACUGCAGCCAGCCACCUGGAUGGACAGAAAAUAUGUUGCUUUUGGGCAGGUGAUUGAGGGCACAGAGGUCCUGGAAAAGCUAGAAGCUGUCCCCACCUUCAAUGAGAGACCCAAGCAGGAAUGUAAAGUAGUGGAUUGUGGUGUAUUUCUACCUUGAUGUAAAUCUUGUAUGCCAUUUUAUUUUUCUGAGUAACUGGGCAUCAUUUGCAGAAUUUCUAAUUUACAUUUUUCAUUCUUUGUUCAUAAUUGCCAUAAUUGCAUACACAGGAAAUAAAGACAUUUUGAUAAGA